AUGAAGGGCACAUCAGGUGGCUCUUGCACCAACGCUGUCUCCGGCGAUCUUAUACCAAAGAAAUCAAACGGCAAGGCCAUUGUCUCCUCCGCUGGGACGAUCAAACAUAGCGGCGGAUCUGGUGUCCCGUCCGCCAAAACUGAUGAAGUGUUGUUCUUCAAAGAUGGCAAGUUCGGACCACAAGAAGGCGAGUUAAGGUUUCGCCUGAUCCAUUUUUGGGAGGCUCAGAAUGCACUCACGAAGAUACUUAUUGGUCUAGAAAUGCUUCUGAUUGACGAACAGGGUACUGUGAUCCAAGGAUUCAUCCCACCGAGCAUGAUUGACACCUAUUUGCCACAUAUGAUCGCUGGUUCCAUCUACAGACUUAACAAGUUUUAUGGAUCUAAAAGCAAGAUUGUGUACUGGGUAGCUGAACCAGACGUUACCAUUGUUUUCUCAUGGAAUUCUGUCCUCUCUGAACUCGAAGACAGUCCGGUUCAGUUUCCUGAUGAUCGGUUCUGCUUCUAUGGAUAUGAAGAAUUUGAAGCGGCCUGUGACCUCAAGGGGGAUCUUUACGGUUUGAUUCCACCGGAUUUUAUGACUCUGAAUGAUAGUCUUGUGCUUGAUGAAGUCGAGAUAGCUUCUACAAGGCGAAUUUUGGUUCAUGUUCAAACGCAUGAUGGUCCUGUGAUGAAGCUCUAUCUAUGGGACAAGGCUGCCACUGACUUCUGUGAGAAGUUUAAGGUGCAUGAAACACUCCGAGUGUUAUUCUGGUUGAGCUCAAACUCGGAUGUUGCUAACAGGGUUAAUGUCGAGAUUGUCACCAAGGCUGAGACAGUUACUAUAGGAGAACUAUUCUCAUACAUCAAGCAAGAAGAAACAAAGGUUGCUUGGUUUGAGUGCACAGCCACCAUUGAUGAUGUUGUGCAUGGCUCAGCGUGGUAUUAUAUCGCCUGCGGUGGUUGCAAAACUAAGGCAACCAAAAGGCCUACCACGCUUAUGUGUAAGAAAUGUGGGAAGGCUGAAGUUGCUGGUGUUGCAGAGUAUCUCACGAAGCUCUCUGUAUAUGAUAACGAUGAUCAAGCGUUUUUUGUGCUUAUCGGUGACACUGGACGUGAGUUGACUGGGAAGCCAGCAUCGGAAUUGGUUGAGAGCUACUAUGAGACCAAUGAGAACGUAGGAGAUGAUCAUGUAAUCCCAGUGCCACAAGCUCUGCUGGGUACCAUUGGGCAAAUUCACAAGUUCAUUGUCAAGGUUUCAAAACACAAUUUGGAAGGCAAGACCCAAGCUCUGACUGUCACAAAGGUACUCCCUUCUGAAGCUCCAGCACCUGAACUCAACUUAGAAGAAAACGUGAUUGUUCAUUCCGCCGAAGAAACUUUGCAGAUGGGUAAUCAUGAGGAUGGUCCUUCCAAUGAGAAUGAGGAAGCUGCAGAUGAAGUGGGGAAAAGGAGUUCUGAUGGGCUUGAGUGUAGGGAAGCUAAGCGUGCCAAAUGUGGCUAA